UGGGAACCGUGUGUGUGUCACUGUGGCAUCAGCUUCUGACAGCUAACAGUGAGUUAGUAGCAGGUUUGGGAAAAGGCCCCUUGUCUGUGAUUCUGGAUGACGUCGUGUACCGAAUGGCUCACACAUCCAACCCUGUUGUGGGAGGGGCAGCAAUUAGGACGCUCCUCCUGGUUGCCCGGCAACAAGAAUCCGCCCUGCAGCUUAUCAUCCAUAGGUUCAAAGGGUUGGAGGGCAUGAUUGGUCGAGAAUGGAGGGGGCGGGGCUUCGAUGAGGAAGUGGACCAACUGAUAAAGCUGCUGCACAGAGAAGUCUCCAAACCAGCUGAUCACACAGAGACGUGGCCAGAGGAGUGUGUGAGAGCGGCGUGUGUCAUCCAGGCAGCGUGGAGAUCCUAUCAGACCAGGAGGAGAGUGAAGAGUCUGCCUAGAGCUGUCAGAUCACUGCAGAGGAGCUUCAGGGAGCGGCGGCGGAGGAGAGCGCAGCAGGCUCAGGCUGUGUGCUGGGAGGAGGAGCUGAGACUACAGCUGUGUGUCAGGAGACAGAGAGCCAGGAGAGAGUUCCAUCAGAAACAACUACAGCUACUGCAGCUACUGCCCCCAGGUCAGGUGCAGCAGUACCUCGGGGAGGUGGAGAGGCAGGCUGCAAUACAGAUCCAGAGGGUUUGGCGAGGCCACCGAGAGAGACGAAACUUCCAGCUACGGAGAAACGCACACACACAGCACAGAGCUGCUGUUGUCCUGCAGAGAACAGUCCUUCGCUUUCUGAAGAGGCGGAGAGCUGAGAAAGCCCCUCCUUCCCUCUCCCCUUGGAUUGGUCCUCGGGGUUUGACUGACAGUCGGAGGGCGGAGCUGAAGAGAGAGGUGGAGGAACAUAUUGCCCUGCACCCGUCCUCUGUGGUGUCUCUAGAGGGCAGUAGGGAGCUCCAUGCUCAGACCCAAGCCUUGCUGCUCCAGCAUCUACAGGGGAGAGAGGCAGAGCUGAGAGAACACACUCACACACACGCCUUGCUGGCACAGAUCAACACCGACCUGGAACUACUGCUGAAUGCCCCCUCACUCAGUGUCGCCACAGUAACCGACUGUGACGUGUUCAGGAGUCGCUCUGCCCCCGUAGCCGCCCGCGCCCGGCAAUCCCACAAUGCCUUGCUCCAGUCCGGUCGCCUGCCUUGGUGGAAGAUGCUGGGUGAUGGUGACAUCACCUGUCCAGAAUCAGAAUCCGCCCACAAAGACCACCGGCUGGAGGCAGAGUUUAACUCUCUGUAUUUAGGAGGUAGCUGACGACGUUGUUCCACAACAGUAUUGUAACGCUGUUAUAACAUUGUCAUAGGGCUGUUGUAAUAAUGUCAUUAUGCUCUGGAAUUCAACCAAUCAUGGGUUUCAGUCUGGACUGUGGUUAGUUGAAUCAGGUGUGUUACUGCAGUGGUCUUUUCAUCGGUCUCUGUGUGGCUGGCCCCUUCAGGAAGAGUUUCAGUCUAAGGAAUUGGAAAGCAAUUUUGUGUACAGAAGUCUGCAUUAAAGUUUGUACUUUUCUACUAUUA